CUUUCAUCCAGCGAAGGAUGCAAGUGCAGCCGAUCGGCUCCGUCAACCCAUCGAUUCGCUACACACGACUUGUGGACAUCCCCCUCGGCCAUGCAGCAUGCAGCGAAUCGGUUCUGCGUGGCAGACUGCAAGAUCUCUCAACACCGUUUGAACAACUCAACGCAUCCACAUAAACUCCUUCCUCAAGGGCUGCUAAAUCUUCAUGCCACGGUGAUAACAUCAGGAAAAUCAGCUGCGCCUUGCUCUUGUAUAUCCGCUGCGUUCUCCUUCGGGUUGCAGCUCUUGUCCUCGUCGUGUUGGUUUCCCGACACUGUGUGAGUAGCGGCUUUCAAACUGUAUCGCCGGUACUCUCCUUUUCGUGGCUUGUCAAUUCGUGCCACUUGUCUCCCUCCAAGGACUUCACCGACUCGUGGGACUUUGCAAACGGCGUUUUCUUCCACUCUUCUUCAAACUCUUCCUUCGUAAAGCCCUCCGAGCAUUCAAAGCUGAAUGUCCCCUCGUCGCGCUUGUUCGCCCUCUGCCACAUCGUCACCAUUUUCUUCCCAGCGGCGGCGAAUGCUCAGCACGACGCAUCCCGUGUCAUCCAUCGCGGACGAACUCGAGUACGAGUAGCUGAACGAUGCGACUGUCUUCUUGUCAGUCGAGUCAGCCACCGACACGCCUUUGGCCGUGGAUGAUUCGAGCGCAACAGCAGGCAGGUCAGUGAAAAAAUCAUCUAUCUCGUCACUGGCGGCUUCUGGGAGAAUCUCCAUGACGCAGUAGGUAGCCACGGGGAGGUCUAUGUGGGGCGCUGUGGUUAGCUGCAUUAUGGACUGCUCGAAGCUUGUCAUGGGGAACCAGGAGGACGGAUGCACAACAUCCCACAUCGUGAGCGGGUGGUAUGCGCCGAGCAUGUAUUUGAACGGUUGAAAGUGGAAGCAUGCUUGGGAACAAUCUUGCCAAAGAUUGACUCGUUGCAUGGGACACGGCAUCGAGUGGUUGGAACUGUUAAAAUCGCACGAAUCACUUUGUAGCCGGUGGGACGCCAACGGCCGAUUCCAUUGCGCGCCCAGCACACGGCCGUCAACGGUGCGAUCUCGAGCCACCGGUCGAUCGCUCACUUUUGAAGUUGCUCCGACCUGGACAAGAUGUUUCGAUACUACCAGCCGAUGACCACGUGGGAUGUCGUCCGCCCGUCGUACUGGUAUCCGAUGGCAAGCCUGGAGCAGUCGUUGAUGGAUUUGGAUGCGCUGGCCGACGACAUGAGAAUGUCCUGGCCACUCCGCUCGUCUCGACUCUUGGUCGUCCCCUCAUCUACCGACGACGACGACUUUUUCAAGGAUUUGCCGGUGGCGUCGCGCGAAACCCAAGCAUCCAAGGAAGUGUCGAGCGGUGGUGGCGAGUCGACGAACGAACCGUCGCGUGCGUUUUCAAACUACUCGUACUCGAGCUCGUCCGUGGUGGACGAUCAAGGCCGUCGUGUACAGAGCAUUCGUCGCCGGUACGAGGACGCGAACGGAUGCCUCAAGGCCAUUCAUGAACGCCACCUCCCUGGCAAGACGAUGGUGACUACGUGGCGCAAGAAGGACAAUGACGACAAAGGCAACGAGGAAACUACGUGCACGGAAGGCGUGACGAAGGAAGAGUUUGAGAAGGAGUGGAAGAAGACCCCAUUUGCCAAGGCCCAUGAGUCUGCUAAGCCCUUGGAAAGCGACAAGACCAAGUCGUUGGAGAGCGGCCACACGGGGAAGAGCGAAGGUGGCGAAUCGUCCAAGGCGUCGACUGGAAGCGGGCAUCAGCAGGCCAAAGAGCAAGUUACCGCGUAAAUUUCAUUGUGACUGUACAGGACGAAGCAAAGUUGCUCAGAUUGUGUUGCGCGUGCAUGGACCGAAGAGCUUUAGGAGACGGGGGAUUUAAGCUCAUUGCCUUUUACUUUAUGUUCAA